AUGUUUGUUCCGUCAAUUUACAAUGCAGAUCUGGAGAAGGAUUCUGAGACAAUACUUUCACAAUUUCACAAUCGUUCGGCUCGACAGAUUCCUAUGCCACCACCAAUGCCUGCACCGAUGCCAGUGCCAGGACCAAGGCCAAUUCCGGCUCCUGUUCCCAUGAAUAUACCAGCUCCGGGACGGGCCUAUUAUCCACCUUAUAUGGGACAACCCAUGCCGAUGGGAAGACCCAUGCCCAUGAUGCCAAUGAUGCCCCAGGCUGGUCCGGGUUUUCCGAUGCGAGGUGGUGGCAUGGGUGGAACUAGCAUCAUUGUGGAACCUUUAGUAAUCCUGCCAAUGGGAUUUGGUGCAGGAGCAGGGAAUGGGAUGAAUCCCAAUCAAUAUUACGGGGCAAAUGGCGCUUAUCCAACUUAUAACAACUAUAAUCCGUACAAUGCGUACACCACUUCGCGACCAAACUAUGACUACAACAAUUAUAACAACAACAACAACAAUAACAACUUCAAUAACUACAAUAAUAAUAGUGGCAAUAAUAACAAUUAUAACGAUUACAACUCAUACGGUUAA